UGCUCAUUUAUUGCAGCUCCGCCUGUAUGAGUCAACCUGCUUCCUUCUUAUAACCCUCUCAGCAUUCUGACAGCAGCUACCAUUUUUCCUCUGCAGCCUCUUUCUACCACAUAUCACAACCACAAUGGCUUCUGGAGUGCAAGUUGAUGACAAAGUGAAGGACAUUAUCAGUGACAUGAAAGUGGUGAAGAGCGAUGCUGAUGCAAGUGAACGCAUCAGACUUGUGGUCUUGGAAAUCAAAGACGGUUUUAUUAUAGUGGAGAAGGUCUUCAAAGAGAAGGAUUUGAGCGGAGAGGCAGACAUCUUCAAGUUCUUCCUGAGCCUUCUGGAAAAGGAAAAGUGCCGCUACGUGCUGUACGACUGCCACUUUGAGAACAAGGAGUCAAGCAAGAAAGAGGAGCUAGUCUUCGUGAUGUGGGCUCCUGAAACUGCACCCAUCAAAUCCAAAAUGCAGUAUGCUAGCUCAAAAGAUUCACUUAAGAAAGUCUUGACAGGCAUCAAACAUGAGCUGCAGAUGAACGACCUCUCAGAUUAUGGAACCAGGGACCAAUUUGCAGAAAGGAUAAGCAGAAAUGUUAUCAGUGUUGAAGGCCAUCCUGUUGGGAAGUAAAAUUCAAUUUGCUUCU